CAAAUGACAGCUUUCACGGCGGAGGAAAUAACCAACAGCGGAGUGAAGCUGCGUACGAUAUUAGGGGUUAAGUCCAUCAGCAAAAUCCGUCUCCAUCCUUCUGUUUCUGGGCAAUAAUGACCCCGAAAAUACGGAGAACAUAUACUACGAUUUUCACACUAUCGAACGCUGUCGAUAUUUUAGGUGUCCGUUCCUCAGAAAGGUAAAAAAGGGAUGGUGACAUUUGUAUUGUUACGGAAGGAGCUGGGAUUCUGGGGGGCGGGGGAAUGUGAAUUAAGGGGGUUGUAUAUCGGUUAGUGAAGGUGUUAUCUGCCGUGGUAACGUAAACAAAAGGUUAAAAGCUAAACGUUAAGGAUACGCAACGAUAAACUGCCGAAGUACAAACAAAGCAACAGCCUUAGCUAACAGCGAGAUGGAGCUGAGAGUAGGGAACCGAUACAGACUGGGCAGGAAGAUCGGAAGUGGAUCUUUCGGGGACAUCUAUUUAGGCACAGACAUUUCAGUGGGUGAAGAGGUGGCCAUUAAGUUGGAAUGUGUGAAGACCAAACACCCCCAGCUCCACAUCGAGAGCAAGAUCUACAAGAUGAUGCAAGGAGGAGUGGGCAUUCCAACCAUAAAGUGGUGUGGAGCAGAAGGAGACUACAACGUGAUGGUGAUGGAGCUGCUGGGGCCCAGUCUGGAGGAUCUCUUCAACUUCUGCUCUCGCAAGUUCAGCCUGAAGACAGUCCUGCUGCUCGCUGAUCAGAUGAUCAGUCGUAUUGAGUACAUUCACUCCAAGAACUUCAUCCACAGAGAUGUGAAGCCCGAUAACUUCCUGAUGGGUCUGGGCAAAAAGGGCAACCUGGUCUAUAUCAUCGACUUUGGCCUGGCUAAAAAGUAUCGCGAUGCCAGAACACACCAGCACAUCCCCUACCGAGAGAACAAGAACCUGACCGGCACCGCCCGCUACGCCUCAAUCAACACACAUCUGGGGAUUGAACAGUCGAGGCGUGAUGACCUGGAGUCACUGGGCUAUGUUCUCAUGUAUUUUAACCUCGGCUCAUUGCCCUGGCAAGGCCUCAAGGCUGCUACCAAGAGGCAGAAGUAUGAGCGGAUCAGUGAGAAGAAAAUGUCCACCCCCAUUGAGGUUCUUUGCAAGGGAUACCCCUCUGAGUUUGCAACCUACCUGAACUUCUGUCGCUCCCUGCGCUUCGAUGACAAGCCGGACUACUCGUACCUCCGGCAGCUCUUCAGGAACCUGUUCCACAGACAGGGCUUCUCCUACGACUAUGUGUUUGACUGGAACAUGCUCAAGUUUGGAGCCAACCGUGCAGCAGAGGAAGCAGAGAGGGAGCGGCGGGACCGGGAGGACAGGCUGAGGCACGGCAGGACCCCGGGGGCCAGAGCAGUCCCUGCUGCAUCAGGGAGGCCCCGAGCAGCCGUAGAGGGAGCCCCAGCCACCCCGCUAACACCCACCUCACACACAGCGAACACGUCCCCUCGACAAGUGUCCGGGAUGGAGCGUGAGAGAAAGGUCAGCAUGCGCCUGCACCGCGGAGCUCCUGUCAACGUGUCCUCCUCUGAUCUGACAGGGCGGCAGGACACCUCCCGCAUGUCCACCUCACAGAAUAGUAUUCCCUACGAGCAUCACGCCAAGUAGACGCUCGCCACGUCCUUGUGUGACGGCGGCAACACUGGAUGAUGUCCGGUGUACAGACCGCUGGUCUCCAUCUUCUAGCUCCUCGAUGAGCCUAACCACAAUGCACCCUGGCGGACCAGGCCCUUUCCACUAAGAAGCAAUCUUAAUAUUCUUACUAACUACUAUUCCUAACUACAGCUACCAUUGGGAGCACCUUCUGAUUCACUGCUUUCUGACUGCUCUCAGAACAGCCGUGUCAUUCAGACUCUGGUCCUCUCCCAGAACCUUUAACAGUGACCAGACCUCGGGAAGACUCCGUCUGCUUUUUAAGGAGACGUAAAAACAAACCACCACCACUAGAGUCUGAAUGGACAGUGCUGUGUCUGAGGCUAACGUGGCAGCCGGACCCACUGAUGAGAGUUGAGACUCCUUCCUCUGCAGAAGCAUCUGUCAUCGAGGACCCCACAUUUCCACUGCUACUUCGAUACCUGAUCAAUAAAAUCUCUCUUUUGUGCAGUAACAUGUAUAAAAAUAAAGCAGCAGCUCUUCAUUUUAUAAAUAUAUAUAUAUAUGGGUAAUUUUUGGGGUGUGAUGCUUUUCACUUUUCAUUCCCACUGACCACUUUUCCUGUUUUAAUGAUGGCCACCACCACUGAUGGGGCUCUCUUCAGUAACUAUAUAGCCAUUUGUAUUAAAUAAAAAGAAAGUACUUCUUUGCAUGUUUUAGGGGUGAGCCUUCAGCGUCAGGUGUGGACUCGACUGCUAGUUGAACCCCUGAACGUACCACUAAUCUGCUUUGGUAUGUUGGGUGAUGGAGGUUGUGUGUUCACACGCUAGUUGGCAAUAUGUUCUGUCUUCACCUCCAGGCUCCGGGUCCAAUGAGCCCGCUUCCCCUUCUAGUGUUCCAUACUAAGGAAGUGCACUUUACGUACGGGGCAAGGACAUCAUCUAGCAUAUUUUACCAGAUGUCCAUUCACUGUGUACAGAGAAACAUUUUUUCUUAUUUGUAUAAUUUCCAAGCUGUGAAUUACUUGUAAUAAUGUUGUAAAAAUGUUUGCUCAUCUGUCGAUGGGUGUGGCUUGCUCUAGGAACCUGAGUUUGAGAUGCCUAGAUGUAGUAGUGUCCCAUCAGCUGGCCCCUGCAGAGACAUGGAGGGACUGCAGAGAGCGUGCUGUUGGCAGGGAAGAUGAAUGUGAAAGACUUUUUGUGCGACAUGUUUGCCGUCACUGUUCUUGGUAUUAGAGGUUCAGUGAUCUGCCACCAAUGUGACAAACUGCAGUAUCGGGCACUGAAAUGCAUUCUUUGUGAAUCCUCUUAAACACUUUGUGAAACCAUUCUUUGUUGAGAAGAAAGCUGAACUUCUACAGCAGCAGUGGGGUUUUGUUUUCAAUCUGGACACUUCUCUGCCAUGUCUUUCAGAAUGAAAUGGUUGUACUUCAUUCUUCCUGCUGCUGCUCCUCUAAUAUUGGAUUUUGACCCUUGACCUCUCCGCUUUACAUUGAGUGAAUUAUGUAAGCAAACAGAUCAGCGAGAUUUACUUUCUCACAUUUAUAUUUGCCACUGUAUUUGUGUACUUAAACUGUAAAUAAAUGAAUUACUUGUACAUAG